AUGGCAGCUAGGCCCUUCUCUGGGCUGUGGAGAUUCUCUGAUCCAACUCUGUUCCAAAUGACCUUGGUUGCUGCCCUGUUCACUACUGUUCUUGAGAAACGAUGCAGAAGCCCAGGAGACUUAACCAAUGGGAAAGUGGAAGUUAAGACAGAUUUUCUCUUUGGUUCAACUACAGAAUUCAGCUGUUCAGAGGGAUAUAUCUUAAUUGGCUCAACCAGUAGUCAUUGUGACAUCCAAGAUAAAGAAGUUGACUGGAGUGAUCCUCUCCCAGUAUGUGUAAUUGCCACGUGUGAGCCGCCUCCAGCCAUCAGCAAUGGGAAGCACAGUGGCGAUGAUGAAGACAGCUAUAUAUAUGGCUCUUCUGUCACCUACAGCUGUGACCCUGACUUCUCAAUGAUAGGCAAAGCCUCCAUUUCCUGCACAGUGGAGAAUAAAACAAUAGGCGUCUGGAGGCCAAGCCCUCCCACUUGUAAAAACAUUGUCUGUCGUCAGCCACAGGUUCCAAAUGGAAUCUUUGUCUCUGGAUUUGGACCCCUCUAUUCUUACAAAGACGCUAUUGUGUUUGACUGCAAGAAAGGCUAUAUCCUCAAAGGCAGCAGUUUAAUCCACUGUGAAGCUGAUAACAACUGGGAUCCUCCUCCUCCCAUUUGUGAGCUCAGAACUGAACCCCUUGUCCACAUCAGGCUGGACUGAGACCACCAACCCAUCAGCUGGGCCCACACAGACAUGUGUCCGAUAAGCGAUCUUUUGACGGCAAGAAGUUGGAACUCCACCUUCAGGGCAUGCUAAUGCCACCAUUCUGUGAACAUGCCUCCUAUGAAGAGGCAUGAAGCCUGACUACGCUUGCACAGAUCAUCAAUUACCUCAUCUCUCCUCACCUCCAAUCAUUUCAGACCACCUUGCCCCCUUCUGCAUAAAUAUUCCUGAGUCCCUAUUUUCAGGGAAGCAGAUUUGAGAUUCAUUCUCCUGUUUCCACACUUGGCUGCCUUGUGAUUAAACCCUCUCU